AGUUAGUUGGCCGCGUACACACGUUCAAUAACAACGUAACCGCGUGGAUUGGGGAAGGAGUAAUGAUGCAUCAGGAAACCGGAACUAGCACUGAUCACGGUCAAACAAAGCGUCAAAAACAACGUCCUCCUCCUCCUCCUCCGUGUGCGCAGUUUUGGCAGCAUUUUGUUUCAGCAUCAUCGAUAAUCUAGUGCGUGUUCCGCUAUUUACGAUUUAUUAAAGCAAGUGACCACCCUUUUUUUUUCCUUUUCCAUGAAUUUGGUAGAGAUUAAGGGCAUGUACAACGUAGAGACGACCUCGUCGACUUCCCUCGGACGCGAUGAAAUACGACGACCCGAGCCUCAUUAAUCAUGGAGAGAGAGCGAAGCCGUCGUCUUGUUCGACUACGGCAGCAGCCCGUGCUCCAACGCGAAUCGACGACUCCACGCACCCGUUGUACCACCCGCUCCCGGUCGUCGUCGCCGUCGCAGAUCCGAUGCGCGCGGGGGCAAUUUUUGCUUCCUGCGCAGCAAAUCUCGCGCCAUUGCAAACCCCCCAAAUCCCCCUCCAAGCGGAGGCCCAAGGCGGCGUCGCAGAAGCGGCAGGCCAUGGCGGGAGCUGCUGCGGCACCGGAGCAGACGGAAUCGCCAUGGAGUUCCAAUACCGCGCCGGCGACGAGCGCCGCAGCCGGUCCCCGCCUCUGCCCACGCCCUCGCCACCAGCGGCGCUGAGUACUUCCGGCUCAGGGUCGGCAGAUGCCCAGGGCAGCGACGACAUCCCGGCAGAGCGCAUGAGGGAUGCGGCCUUGGUGCCGUGGCAGGCUCCUCCGCUCCCACCGCCGGAUGUGGCGGUGUCCGACUCCGCCGACGAGCUGCGGCGCCAGGCGGAGAAGGCGAGGAUCAGGGAGCGGAGCGGAUCCUGCAAGAGGAGGACAAGUGCUUGGAGCUAGAGCUGGAGGUGCGGCGCAGUCCAGGAAGGGGUCCUCGGCGUUGCCCAUGUGCCGGAGCAGAACGGAGCGAGCGGGUAUGGCGCAGCUACUCCUCCAAUUUUCUUCACGGACGGAAGCUGCUUCUUGGACGGUGCCGGCAGCUUCUUUGGCAGCACAUCUGCUGGCAAUGGCACGGCUCCUCUACGCCGCCGCGCAUCUCCGCCUGUCGACGAGGCCACUGCCCCGUGCAGCCCAGCCUCCUCUACGCCACAUCUGCUGGCCAAUGGUCCGGCUCCUUUGCGCCACGUCUGCUUGUGCUGGCUUCUGUUUGCUUGUGCGAAUCCUCAGUUCGUCCGCAGCCUCAUGCGGCCCUCUGCAAAACUCUGCUUG